AAUAUGGUAUCUUAUUUAUCACUUGUCCUCUAAUUCAUCUUAUAAAUAUAGAUUUCAUAAUCACAAACACCACAUCUCAAAGAAACAAUCUCACAAAUAUGUCAUUGUCCAAAGACGAAACUAGUGAAGUCCUUGCCGCUCAAGCACACAUAGCGAACCAUGUAUUCAGCUACAUCAAUUCUAUGUCUCUCAAAUGUGCAAUUCAGCUCGAAAUUCCGGAUAUCAUCCAUAGCCAUGGCCGAGCCAUGACCCUAUCCGAUUUAGUGAAUGCUCUCCCUAUCAACAAAUCCAAAGGUCAGGAUUGUAUUUAUCGUCUCAUGCGUAUUUUAAUUCAUGCUGGCUUUUUUAUUCAAGGAGAAGAUGGUUAUUUACUUACACCAACUUCGCGUCUUCUACUUAAAAAUGAGCCGUUGAGUCUAGCCCCGUUUGUGCAAGCACAAUUGGAUCCAAUUUUAAUGAAUCCUUGGCACUCACUCGGUGAAUGGUUCAAGAACAGGGACUCUACCCCGUUCGCGACUGCUCAUGGGAAGCCGUUGUUUGAAUAUGCAGGGGAUGAACCAAGGCUUAACCGUUUAUUUAACGAAGCCAUGGGUAGUGAUGCCCGAUUGAUCAUGAGUGUGUUGAUUAAAAAUGGUAAGGGAGUUUUUGAAGGGUUGAAAUCGUUGAUAGACGUUGGAGGCGGCACUGGAACUGUGGCUAAAGCUAUUUCUAAUGCAUUUCCAGAGUUGAAGUGCUCUGUUUUCGAUCUGCCCCAUGUAGUUGAAGGCUUGGAGGGGGGCAACAACCUGAGCUAUAUCGGCGGAGACAUGUUUAAGUCCGUUCCUUCUGCUGAUGCAGUUUUACUAAAGUGGAUAUUACAUGACUGGAGCGACGAAGACUGUGUUAAAAUAUUGAAGAAAUGUAAAGAAGCAAUUCCAAGUAAAGAGAAUGGAGGAAAGGUGAUUGUCAUUGACAUUGUGGUUGAUAACCAGAAAGGAGAUGACAAAUCAUUUGAAACUCAAUUGUUCUCAGAUGUACUCAUGAUGGUUCAUGUUUCUGGUAGAGAAAGAAAUCAACAAGAGUGGGCAAAACUAUUCUCUGAUGCUGGUUUUAGUGACUACAAGAUUAGUCCUAUCUUGGGAUUAAGGUCUGUUAUUGAGGUUUACCCUUAAUAUAAUACAACAAGUCCAAAUAAACAUAGACCUAGUCAAAUAUAAUGAUGAGGUGAGUGAAGCAUGCAUUUUGAACUUUUAGAAUAAGGUAAUAUUAGAAAGCAGAGAAAUCUUGUGAGUGUUCACCCUUGUGAAGGUUAGUAUGAACAUUGUUCUUUU